UUGAACAGUCGGUGCCGAAGUUUCUGCCAUUCAAAUUCACAAAAAAUGUCUUUUCCUUCCCGAAUAGCCUGUCAGCUCCGCUCUUCAGCUCCAUUAGUUAGAAAUGGCGUUAUUAGGCGAGCUUUUACCACUCAAAACAGUUCGAAAGGACCUUCAAUGUUUGGCAAUGCAGCACCCUUUCUACUCGGGGCAGCUUCAGCUGUAACUACUUUGAUGGGUGCAAAAUAUUACUAUGAUAACAAAGAGAAGCUAGUCAUUUUCAAGCCAGUUCAUGCUGCCUCACGCGUUGUGAAUAAAGGAGAAAGGACYUUUAUUAUGGUGAAGCCUGAUGGAGUUCAAAGAGGCCUUGUUGGUGAAAUUAUCAAGAGAUUUGAACAAAAGGGAUUUAAAUUGGUCGCUAUGAAAUUUGUACAUCCCUCAGAAGAGCACCUCAAGAAACAUUAUGCAGAUCUAAGUAAACUGCCAUUCUUYCCUGGUCUUGUUCGCUUUAUGUCCUCUGGACCUGUUGUUGCCAUGGUAUGGGAAGGAGUUGGUGUUGUGAAAACUGGUCGAGUCAUGUUGGGAGAGACAAACCCUGCUGACUCAAAACCAGGGACCAUUCGUGGAGAUUUUUGUGUUCACAUAGGAAGGUCCGAAGCCAAUCGUGAACGUACCUUCCUUAUGAUCAAACCUGACGCUGUUAGCCGAGGUUUGAUUGGAAAAAUAGUGAGCAGAUUCGAGAAAAAAGGCUUUAAACUCGUGGCUAUGAAAUUUGUAAAGAAAAGCGAGGAACAUUUUAGAAAACAUUACGAGUCUUUGAAGCAUUUGAAAUUUUACGAUGGUCUUUGCAAGUACAUGAGUGAAACGCCCGUUGUCGCAAUGGUAUGGGAAGGGCUAAAUGUUGUAAAAACAGCACGGCAAAUGUUAGGAGAAACUGAUCCAGCAAAGUCUAAUCCAGGAACUAUUCGUGGUGACUAUUCAAUCCAUAUUGGCAGAAAUAUCAUUCACGGCAGCGACUCAGUUGCAAGUGCAAAUGAUGAAAUCAACCUUUGGUUUGCACAAGAUGAGCUUGUGGACUGGAUUCCAUGUUGCUAUCCAUGGAUGUAUGAAUAAACAGCAAUAAAAACAAUCUUUGUUUAUUGAAUAUUCACCAGAAGAUUAUUACUUUUUAAUGUCAUUUUUAUGGUAAUGCAUCUGUGGUAUCCACUACCAAAUGUCCAAUAAAGGAUGACUAAAUUUACAUAAAA